CGUGCCAUAGCCUAGUUUACAAUGAAACAUUUCGUUUGUCGUCAUAGUUUCACAUGAAAAACUAAUGUACUUUUCUUCUUCACAAACAUUUAAGUUAAAGUGAGCCAAAGUUCACUUUGAAUGACCUUACCUUGUAAGCGUCUGGAAAAAAUGCGUAUCUAACAUUUCAACUUUUCACCCAUGGCGUGAUUUCCUCUAACCUUGUGAUCACAAGGUUUUGAAAGUAUCUGAUUUUCAAUUGGUUGAAUUACACUCAGUUCUAAUCAACCUAUGACAGUACAGUAAUUUUUCACCCCUAUGACCUAGAUGUAUAAAGCACUCAUCAUGCACCGAUAGAUACCUUCAAAUUACGAGAACGUCAGAGUAAUUGUUUCUACUCAAAUCUAAAGGAAUUCCCGUCUAUAAUUAACGUUUAUAUGAGUGUGAUCUUUGCAACAGUUAUUUGAUUCAUCUGCAUACAUCUGCUCAGUUUGUUGUUUUGCUACCUUAUCUCAUCGUGGGAUUUGCGGUUUACAUUCCAUUGGAUUUUACUUUUCAUAAGCACUUCUCCAAUAACAAAUAUUUCAUACAUAGAUCAUGGCUCGUAUAUCGAAAUCUAAUCGUAUUUGCUUGAUUUUAUCUGCAGUCGCAUUGCUUUUCUUGUCGUUUAUGUGCGUAAUUGGGAUACUCACAUUCAACUAUUUAUUUACUAGUCUGAUUUCUAAGAAACUUGCCAUUUUACCUGGUAGUGAGGUUUACGAUAAUUGGAUAUCACCAAGCGUGCCUGUGUAUUUUUCCAUAUAUCUUUAUAAUUUAACUAAUCCCCAGGAAGUGCUGAGUGGCGCUAGACCACGGUUUGCUGAAGUUGGGCCUUACGUUUAUCGAGAGGAUCGUCAGCGUAACAAUGUAGAAUUUUCUGACGAAUCUCCCCCCAGAACUGUAAAAUAUCAACACAGAAUUCUCUACCACUUUCAGCCUGAACUUUCUGUUGGUCCUGAUGAUCAGGGAAUCGUUACAAGUCUCGAUCUAGUAACAGUAGGCAUAAAUGCUCUUCCAGAGCACUACAAAAUGGCGUUGUUCUUCUUCACACUCAACGCAUUUGUUUCAAAGACACCUCGUGAAAUCAUCUGGGGUUAUGAAGAUAGCCUAAUGUCUGCUUGUUUGAGUAUGGGAGCCUGUGAAACAGAUCGUGCUGGCUUAAUGGCUAUGAACAAUGGUACAAAAGUUGGUAAUUUUGUCAUUGAUACCGGUGCUUAUAAUAUUUCAAACGUCGGAAAAGUGCUAAAAUACAACGGUGCAACAUCUUUAGAUUACUGGCACACAGAAUACGCGAAUAUGAUAAAUGGCACAGAUGGCAGUGUUAUACGUCCAGGAUUACAGAUGUCUUCUCGAAUCUUCUUUUUUGUGCCAGACUUCUGCAGAUCUUUUCAUUCAGAUGCUGUUUCAUGGACAACUGCAACUCAUGACAGCAGUGUACAUCUGCUUAGAUUUGCUUCCCAUCCCGAACAAUCCCAAAACGCCACUGUCAAUCCCCUGAAUGCUGCAUUCUGUCCAAAGAAGAAGGCUGGUCCAAAGUGUCCUCCAACAGGAAUGAUACCUUUGUCACCUUGUUCAAACCCGAAGCUCUCAGUCCCUAUAUUUGCUUGUCAACCACAUUUCUUGGGAGCUGACCCUAGUAUUCGUGCAGCUUUAGAUGGGAUAAGAGAGCCUGAUGAAAAACUGGAUUCUACUGUGCUACUUAUCGAGCCUAAUACUGGAUUUGUAUUGGAAGCUUUUAAAAAGGUUCAAAUCAAUGCAUACAUUGAAAAUGUUGGCAGUUUGAAUGAAGUAUACGAAGAUAUGGCAGGACCGUAUUUUUUCCCCUUAGCUUGGUUUACUGAGUUUGCAGUAGCUGACAAAAAAGCGCUGGCAAAGAUUUCGAAUUAUAUUCUUAAACCUAAGAAAGUUAUACCUAUUGUAUUAUGUACCGUCGGCUCUCUUGCACUUAUAUCAGCCGUUAUUUUGAUAGCAGUCCUAUUAACUCGUUAUAAAUUACGAAAGACUGAUAGUGUUACUAUACAUGCUCAAGCUGAAUCUGCAAAUAUGCCGACGGAUUCUGGGUUCAAUGAUAAAUCUAGUGAAAGCCCAUUUGGUCAUUGGACUGUUAAACCUUCACCAGAACACGAGUCACUUCAGGUUAUCGAAUCAAAACCAUUGCUCAAUCCUAAUAAUACAUCUGGGAAAACAGUUGCCUGAUUUAUGUAUCUUGUGUCUGUUAAUCGUUGAGCUACAUAUAUAAAUGCUGCUCACUAUUUUCGCGAAAUCAAUCGAAAUCUUUUUCUUUUUAUUCAGACAAAAAGAACUUAAAAUAGCCUAAAUUUCAUUUUUUUUUCUAUCCUAGUGCUUCCCAUAACCUUAUCCCAGUGUUCAUUGGAAUUUACUCCGUUAUCAUAUUAUUUCAUUAAAAUUUUCUAUGCUAGAAUCAUUUUGUACACUUUUUCAAAAUUUAGAAAUCAGUCUGUUAAUACAGUUUUGUUUUCUCCUUACAAGAAAUGUAGCUAAUCCAUUUGUUGAUUUUUUCUCUCUCUCGGUUUAACUGCUAAAAGCUUAUUUAGGCGCUUUUUGUUUUAGCUUUCUAUUAGAUUUGCUGUAUGCAUACCAUUACAGGCGUACAAUAAAUCAUAUAAUGGUGGAUCCGUUGAUUGUAGUAAUCAAAUAUUUUUGAUAUUUUCUGUUAUGCACAUUCCUGUUCAAAAACUCCAUUCUACCUAAGCAUCAGUUUCUCUUGGUUCAUGCUUAUCCACUUCCUUCCUCAUUGUGUUCAAAGAGUUAUUAUUGUACUAAUUCUAAGCAUGUAAUGACUUUGAUGCUAGUUUAUAAACCAAAAUACUUAGAUUAUAUAUUUUUGUUAAUUCUAUUCAUAAUUGGUUGUCCUGUGUUUAUUCGUUCGAGUGAUUUUCUCCUCAAAUCUCCAAUUCACCCAUUAUGUCCUAUCUAUUGUUUUUACUGAUACUGCCUUUUGUUUGUAUUCAUCGCUUUAAUUAGCAUUUGUAACAUUCUGCACGAAUCCUCUUUUUUUUUAUUUUCGUCAAUUCAAUACAUAGAGGUAUUAAAUUUAAUUGGUCUUUUUGUACAUUUUGAUGUAGUUCAUAACAGUUUUCCCCAUGGUAUUAGUCAGCAUAAUAAUACUGAAAAGUGGGUGUUUUGAUCCUCCCUCUUUCAAGUAAUAUUUCAGUCACUUGGAUACGUGAGAAAUACUUGAAGUUUCUGCCCACAUGUAUACUAAGUUAGUUACCACGCAGCAAUUAAAUGCGUGAGUUCGAAUAAAAAUUCAUGUAUCCUCUGUAUUUAUCCAACAAGAAGUUACAAUUUUG